GACGCGCUCCCAUGGCCCGGCGGCGUCGGAGCGGGCUGGCAUGCGGGGGGCGGCGGGGCGGAGGCGGUGGCACUGAGUCGGGGUCGGGGAGGCGAUGCGGCUGCUCGGAGCCUUCCUGCGGCUGCUGCUGGCCGGGGCGCUGGGGGCGUCGCCCGCCCCGGCCCCGGAGGCGCGGGGGACAGCCAGCGCGGAGGCGCCCGUCCUGACCUUUAAGGAGAUCUGGAACCGCAGCUUCUGUCGGCCUCGAGAGCAGCUAGUGGAUGUCAUUACCGAAUUCCCCAACGAGGUGGAGUACAUCUUCAGGCCCUCCUGCGUCUCCCUGCAGCGCUGCGGGGGCUGCUGCGGUGAUGAGGGGCUCCGCUGCGUCCCCGUGCAGAUCAGCACGGUCACCGUGCAGCUCUUGAAGAUAAAACCCAACGUGGAGGCACCGUAUGUGGAGGCACCCUAUGUGGAGAUGUCAUUCACCGAGCACAAGCAGUGCGAGUGCAGGCCGCGGCAGGACCUGGUGAGGCCAGGCAGGAGGAGACUCAAGGGCCGAGGUAAGAGAAGACAAGACAAGAAGAGACGUAAAGACUGCGAGCUAUGUGGCACACCACGCAGGUAGCCUCCGCUCUGCCCCUGGCCUUGCUCCUGCCUCUGGAGCUUGGGCCUACGGCACUUCUGCCCACUGUGGGGACGUGUGGUGCUGAGCCCCUUGGAGUGAUGGUGCUGGGGAACAGGACUGCAGCAGGAAGGAGCUGACAAGAUUCUUGCUUGGCCUGGGUGGGAGCACAUCCUGGAGCCAAGGACUCUCUUGCUCCAUCUGCAUUGGUUGCAGCAGGACUAAAGGACCCAGAAGGGAUGAGGAGGAGCUGGAGCUGCAAAAUGGUGCUGGAGGGCAUCCCGGGGCUGCAAAGAAUGGAGCUGGGGGUGUGCUGCUGUAGCUGGGCACAAUGUGGAGUGGGGGUGAGAAGGGCUGGAACCACAAAACUGCUGUGUCCUGCAGGCAGAGGGGAGGGAGCACAGUUGGGAUGAGCCUCAGCCUGGGCAAGGUGCAGCCCAGAAGGGCAGCUUGGGGGGGGGGGGGGAGCUUGGCAAGCCCUCCUGGUAGGCACGGGGAGGAAUCGGGUUGCUACAGAGCCUCCCUGUACCCACAGCCCCAUUCCAGCACCAGCCUUGCCCUUCUGAAUAAAAGCUGGGGGUAGACCCAAGAGCUGGGCAGGUGAGUACUCCUCUCCUUUGCAGCAGCUGGAGGGCCCUUCCCUGCUGGUACGCAGACUGGAGGCAGGCUGGUGGCCCCGGCUCUUGCAGCACUUGUCCCAUCCCUGGUGUAGUCCUGCUCCGACUCCCUCUGCCUUGUUGAGGGCUGGUCCCAUCUUGCUGUCCUGCAGCUGUACCUUGGCCCUGGUAGGGCUGAUGCUGGGGGCAAGCUGCCCAGGGGCUUUCCUACCCAGGUAAUGCCCCCCCCAUUCAGCUGGUGCAGUGGCACCAUUUGUUAUUGGGAACACUCCGGGAUGGGCAGGGGGCUGUUGUCCUGUAUCUGGGGAGCUAUAGGCACUCAUUUUCUGCUUGCCCCAGUAGCGAAGGAAGGGCUGGGGGCUCCUCCCUGGGGCCACUGCAGCUCAGCCAGGCCCACAGACAGCACAAACCCUGGUUCCUGCUCACCUCAAGCACUGCCCCUGGGGCUCCUCCAUUCCACUCCCAGUGCUGGAUCUGGCUGCUACAUGGAUUCUGGGCUCUUCUGUACCCUUCAGUGGCUCACAGACCUUAAGGACAAAACAGGGUACUGAUUGUCUAGAAGUCCCUAAGCCCAGUCCUGCAUCCAGCCAUCCUUUCCAUGACUGUGGGGCUGACUCUGGAGCUCGCUCAGCUUCCGGCAGCCCUUAACAAGCCAUGGCUGGGGUGUGUUUCUGCAGACCUGAAGCAGGUGUGUGAUAGCUCAGCUGCUGGAGGAGAGAUGUGGCUUCUCCUGUGCUGGGGGUAACCAGCGAGGGCUGCAGCAUGGGUGGGGGGUUUGGGGCAGCCUCCCCAGGUCUGACAGUGUUAGGUGUGGGCAGCUUGCCACGUCACGUGGCCCUUCAGCUGGGCUGGAGGUGCUGCGAG